UAGAAAGAGUAGGACAAACUGACCGUGCGCCUCCUCAAUGUCGCUCCGCGGCUCUCCUCCGCUCCACACGCCAGGUUCCGGUGCUCCGACCCCUGUGGCACUGUACCGGGCAGCUCCGGACACCUCCUCCUCAGUCUCCCGCACCGGGACCUCCAGCCCUCACACCGUCCACUCCGUGUGUCCGUCUCCUCGACUCUCUUCCUCCUCCUCCUCAUCCAUGCUUGGCGCGUUUCUUCCGGGCUCUGGAGGAGCUCCAGGCGGAGUUCCCGGCUCUCUGCUGUCCCCGGGUCUGGGCACCCUAACUGGGCUACAGUCUCUCACCUCGCCGGGCUUGGCUCAGCAGCACACCACCUCCUCCUCAUGUCCCACCAGCAGCGAGUGCAAGCUGGUAGAUGUGCACGGCGUGAAGGUGGCUAGUUUCUGCGUGGACGGUCACGAGCUCAUCUGCCUGCCGCAGGUGUUCGACCUGUUCCUGAAGCACCUGGUGGGGGGGCUCCACACCGUCUACACCAAGCUGAAGCGGCUGGACAUUGUGCCCGUCGUGUGUACGGUGGAGCAGGUGCGCGUCCUUCGCGGACUCGGCGCGAUCCAGCCCGGAGUGAACCGCUGCAAACUCAUCUCCAGGAAGGACUUCGAGAUUCUGUACCAGGACUGCACCAGCGCCAGCUCUCGGCCCGGUCGUCCUCCCAAGCGUUGUUCUGGAGCGGGGAUCCAGGAAAGCCCCAGGCUGCUGCACCCGGGUCUGCCGGGCCUGCUGUCUCCAAAUCUGCUGUCCCACACGGGCCUGACAGCUGCAGCCAUGGCUGAGCUACAGAAGCUCCAGAAGAUGAAGAUGAUGAUGAGUCUGCAGAACGGCAACGAGUCGGACGAUGACCUGCACUCCAACACAGGAGGCAGCGAGUGCUCCUGGGAUAAGGAGCGUCUGACCAGUCCUCCAGCUGCGGCUCACAGCGGAGGAACAGGAGCACCACCGCCACCAGCAGGAGGUGCUGCAGCACUUACAACAGUGGCAGGCGCAGGGAGUGGAAGAGCGCCAUCUAUUGGAGCAGUCAAUCAACAACAGCUGCAACAGCUGUGGAUACUUGCCAACAGGCUAGACCUGCCCUUCAUGAUGAUGCCUCACCCACUGCUUCCCAUGGGCCUGCCUCCUGCCUCUGUUGCCAUGGCCAUGUCACAGAUGAACCACCUCAGUACCAUCGCCAACAUGGCCGCUGCCGCGCAACAGAUCCACACCCAUGUUCAUCGUGCGCCCGUCAUCAAGGAGAGAGUUUGUGACAGUCCGUCUCUGUCUCCAUCUGUGGACGAGAACAACACUCCUGUACAGUCGCAGGCCAGCAGCUCCGCCUCCAGCUCACCUGAGAGACUGGGACUGAUGUCAGCUGAUCCUGAGGUUCCAAUGAGCAACUCUGCUGCAGCCAACAAGAAAAUAACAAAGGACAAAGAAGAGACGUCCUUGGCUCAGGCUCUUCCUCCUGGUUUUCCCGCUCCGUUCUUGUUUGCUGAUGGUCUGUCGUCAGUGGAGACGUUGCUCACUAACAUACAGGGUCUCCUGAAGGUGGCAGUAGAAAACGCUCGAGCGCAGGACAAACAGAUCCAGGCAGAGAAGAGAGAACUGAAGAUGGAGCUGUUCAGAGAGAGAGAGAUGAGGGAGAGUCUGGAGAGACAGCUGAGCUCAGAGCUGCAGAACAGAGCCUCCAUCCAGAAACGUCUGAAGAAGGAGAAAAAGGCAAAGAGGAAGCUGCAGGAGGCGCUAGAGUUUGAGUCCAAGAGAAGGGAGAGAGUGGAGGACGCUCUCAAACACUCCUCCUCCUCUUCUUCUCCUGAGCCGCUGCACGUUAACAACAACGGAAGCAGUCUGGCAGAUACUGCUGUGACUGAAGACAAACCUGAGGUCAAUGGAAACCAGCAGGAAAAUAGCAGCAGUGUAAAAGAUUCACGGUCAUUCCUGAAAACUCCACUGAUGUUUUAGACCCACUGACUCUGCAUCAUCUAGACGCCUGCUACAAAGAAGAAUUCCAUCGGCCAGUUUGUUGGGAAUCGUACCUUUGCAACAAUUGUGUUGUUUUUUUUGAUGACUAAGCAGAGGAACAAUAAGACUACUACGAGACACACCCCCACUUUCUGAAAACACUUUAGGGGCCGUGUUCAACUUUUAUCUCUUCUCCACUAUCUUCUCCUUUUUAGACAAACUUUACUUGUUCCCCUCGUUGUCAAUCCACAUUUUCAGGACUAAAGUUAAGAGUUUUGUCACAAAGAAAAAACACGUCAAGAUGCAGGAAUGGAACCCUCUCAGUCCUAAAGAAAACAUUUGGUACUAAAGUUGAGACAUCAACUUGGUCAGACUGAAGACUUGACUCACAGGACCAGAAUAAAAACUGCUUUUAACAAAAAGGUUCAGUUUUUCUCAAUCCAGUGUCAUCCUACUGAAAGAUCACUGACAAAAAGGAGCUCAAGGGACCUGUGUCCAGUCCUUUUGGUUGUUACACCCUAGUGCAGAAUUUGGACUUGAGGUCAAAUUGAUCCAUUGGGUUUUUUCAUGUUUUUCUUUUCCAGUGGAGCAGUAUGUGACCAACAACUGCAGUUAACACGCAAAGAUACUGUAUCUCCACUAAUCUUUUACCUCUCUGUAACCACAACAUUAGUGUGAAGACACACAACUGUCUGUUUUCUAAACAUGUCCUGUUUGAAACCAAACACUUGAUAUGAACACAGGUGUAGUCAUGUGACAAGAACAGCUGACUCAUCAGGUCUGACCAGCUUUGACCCGGAUGGAACUGUUUCUAUCUGGUAUGGCUAACUGUCAUGUUAGCCCUUAGCCUUUAAUUCGUGAUGAUGGAGAAACAUCUAUUCAGUAUUCAUUAAAUCUGGCUGCAUGGCCUAAAAUGACUGUGGAUGUUAAUAUGAACACAGGUAUUGGUUAUGAUUUGAUUGUUUUUUGGUUUCUCCACACAGACAUGCAUGAUAAAACAAUCUCUUCAGCUCAUUUCUACUUCCCUUUUCUAUAAAUCUACUUCCUCUUUCUCCCCACAAUUCCUAACUUCUAUUUCCAUUAUUCUCUCUCUUUUUCAGAAGGAAUCCUUCUGAAUAUUUUGGAAGCAGCUGUUCAUUGUAUAAACUCUUUUAUAUCUUCCCAUCUGAGGGUGAAGUUUAUUUCUGAAACACAGGUUUUAAAGUAAUAAUAAACUUUUCUUUUCUUGAUGCUGAUCAGUUUUUUACAGCUUUGUCUUAAACAUGGUUAAAUUAUUUCCUCUCAUUGUUCAAACUCUGUUGGUGUCAUUGUCCUCUGCUCUGUGACUAUGAAGUUCAAGGUUUACUUCCUUGUGUAAAAACCUCCAUGUAACGUUUUUAAAAACUCUUUACUUUACUUUAAAGUGCGUUCUGCUGCCCCCGUUUAGAAUACAGUGUGGCUUGGAUGCUUACAUCCUGCACUAUUUCAGAAAAAAAUAAUUUUGGUUUUGUUACAGAGGCUCAGUUCCCACUGUUGACUCUUAGAUUAAAUGUGUCAGUGAACAGCUCCAGUGUCCACUCAUCAGCACAAUCUCCAUUUAAAUAAGGUAGAACUCUGCCUCAGUAACCAACCAGAGCUGAAUAAAACAAAUGCUCCUCAGCUCUGUCCAAAAACCAGAACCUUUUGUUCCCUCAGUACCCUUUGACUGAAGUGUGCAGUCUGUUGUGUUGCAGUUUGUUCCACUGUGUGUUUUUGUUCCUUUUUUUGUUGAUUUGUGUGGGAGCACAUGGGGGGGGGUUGGGGGGGGGGCAUGUAGAUAGAAAACAAUUUUUUCACCUGUUUUUUUUUUUUUAAUUAUUUGUUUUCUGAUCAGUCUGUCACUGUUCUUUAGGUUUGAGCUGCAAAUAUACAGUAUUAUACCAAUAACAUCCUGCUGGUGUGUUUUUCUCUGUCACACACACACACACACGGCAGCAUAACACAGAGAGGCUAAGGUGGCAUUUCCUGUUGUUGGACUCAGACAGAAAACUGUGCCAACGUGACCACUGUAAAUUCAGGAGCAUGCUAACACCUGAGUGGUAAACAUUAGAGUGAAUACAUGUGCUAGUAUAAGCUGAAGUCAAAAGUACACCAGCACUAAAGUCUGAUCACACUACGGCCUCAGCUCUGACCUUUACACACUGACCCUCUUCACCUACAUUCACACCAUCUCACAGUUACACCACAAAUGUUGGUCCAUUCACAAUAAUAAAAAAAUAAAAUCAAUAAAAAUACUUCUGCAACUCCCAUUGUAGAGCUGGGUGAUAUACAGUAUAGUCUAUUUUUAAUAUAUGGGUCAAUUUGUGGUCAAAGUGUUAUGAGAAUCUUUUUAUCACUAUAUUCACUUGACCAUAACAAUAUUUACAAGUUGAGUCAAAUAAAAUAAAAUUCCAUUUUCACAGGGUCAGAAGAGCAGCAAAACAACAUGUUCUGUCAAAAAAAAA